UAAAAAAGAGAAAUAAAAGAGAGAGUCAGAGCUGCUGAUGUAAAGUCCAUAUUAAGCCUAUUUCUUAUUAACUCUUCCUUCCCCGGGAGCCGUCGGGUCCCAUUGAUUCCCAAGCGCAGGCAGCUCAGCGGUGCAGGGGUUAAUGGGGGUGUGGCCGCCGCUUAUAAUAAAGAUUUAUUAGGAGGGAGGUGGUCGCCGCCCCUCACAGCCUCUGUCAGACCCUCCCCUCCAUCUCCAGCAAGUGGGUUAUUGGGGGCUCUGUCCUGUGCAGAGACUCGUCUCGGGAGACAAGUAGAGAGAAGUGGAGAGAAGUGAAGUGGAGCAGCAGCAGCAGGUAACGAGUCGCUGGUGGAGCAGCGGAACAAUCUCUGUCUAUAAAGAGAAGUCGGAUGGAUUUGGGGGGCUUCUCUGGACACUGAGCCCCCCCCCGGAUCUCUCCUGGAUUCUUGUGCUGGGGGUCGGGGAGUUGCAAUUGACUGUGAGCUCCUGGGACAAGCUCGGGCCCCUGAGGAUCAUGUUCCAGCCAAUAGGAAAGCGCUGUUUUACCAUCGAAUCGCUGGUGUCAAAGGACAAUUCCUUCAGCUCCGAGGAGCCCCUGCGACCCCCGACCCUCCCCUACCCCGCGACCCCGGCAGAAGCCUUUGUCAGUGGAUUCCCCAGCCCGGCCGGACGCUCCAUCUACAACAACCCGGAGCUGCUGUUCCCUGAAACUGUCACUCACUCACCUCUGACUGUCAGUCACUCACCUCUAAGUGUCACUCACUCACCUCUGACUGUCACUCACUCACCUCUAAGUGUCACUCACUCACCUCUGACUGUCAGUCACCUGCAGCCGCCUCACUCCUUCCUCGCACCCCCACACAGGGACCCCCUCAACCUGUACCCCUGGCUCCUCAGGAACAGCUUCUUUGGCCACAGAUUUCAAGGCAGCGACAUUUCCCAGGAGUCUUUGCUCCUACACGGCCCGUUUGCCCGAAAACCCAAGCGGAUCAGAACGGCCUUUUCUCCGUCACAACUGCUGAGACUGGAGAGAUCGUUUGAGAAGAAUCAUUAUGUGGUGGGGGCUGAACGCAAACAACUGGCCACUGGCCUCAGUCUGUCCGAGACACAGGUGAAGGUUUGGUUCCAGAACAGAAGGACAAAAUACAAAAGGCAGAAGUUGGAAGAGGAAGGUCCAGAUUGUGAUCAGAAGAAGAAAGGGUCUCAUCACAUCAACCGGUGGAGAAUGGCCACCAAACAGCCCAAUGGGGAAGACAUUGAUGUCACCUCCAAUGACUAGUUGGGUCAGUUAUGAGAGUCAAUGUCAAGAUGAGACUGGAGACAAACACUCAAGGAUUUCACUGACACAGAAUCCAGACAAGCUCAGAUGCCGAGGAGGACAAUAGAGACCUGCUAACACUUAGGCUCAAGGGGUGCAGGAUUAACCCCCGAGAGGAGGAGGAGGAACACGUGCACUUGUUCUGUGAAGAGGUGGGACUGCUCCACCCUAUGGCUGAUUCUCUCAUGGACUUCUGUCAGCCACAAGCAAAACCGCUCACCUGUCCUCUGUCUAGUUUUUUCUCCCUUUUUGUUAAUUUUUAAUUUAUUUUACUUUUUCUUUUUUUUUUGAUAUUUAAUAUUUUUAUUGGUUUUCAUUGUAACAAAUAAAUGAAAAAAAAUGCCAUAAAGCACAACAU